AUGAACCUCUUCGGGAGAAAAAAGGCCGAACCGCCGCCCCCGCCGACAUCGAAUGCCGGUCCAACGGUGUCAGCGUCCAGCACUCUGAACGCAAUCACAAAGCUGCGCGAUGCGGGCGACACGCUGGACAAGCGAGAAGACUACCUCAAUAACAAAAUUAAGAAGGAGGUGCGUUGCGGCUCAGAUCCUUGGACUGCACAUGAGGUUUAG